UAGCUCAUCUCUCUCUAUCUAGCACAAUUUAUCUCUCUAAACUUAUCCAUAUCUCCUCCUGUCUCUCCAAAAAUGGUGAAGGAGUCCCAGAAAAUCGUGGCCGUAGAUCAAGACAUACCCGUGAUAGACAUGUCCUUGGAGAGGUCACGAGUGUCCAUGCAGAUAGUCAAAGCUUGCGAGACCAUUGGCUUCUUCAAAGUUGUCAACCACGCCGUUGACCCGGACGUUACCUCCCGGAUGGAGCAAGAGUCCAUAAACUUCUUCGCUAAACCGGUUCUCGAGAAGAAAUCGGUCUUCGGUUAUGGAUUGAAGGACAUUGGGCUCAAGGGUGAUGUUGGAGAGGUCGAGUAUUUGCUCUUUCACACUAAUCCUCUCGUACUUUCUCAGUUAUCCUUUGGUAACGAAUCUACCAACUCGGCAGUGACUUGUUACGUUGAAGCAGUUAAGCAGUUGGCGUGUGAGAUCUUAGAUCUCACGGCUGAAGGACUAGGGCUCCCACCUCAUACCUUCAGCAAGCUAAUCAGAGCCGUUGAUAGCGACUCAGUUCUUAGGCUUAAUCACUACCCAUCGUCCGAUCAAUUCCUCAGUGGAGCCAAGCUCUCUGAUAUGUCCGUGUCAUUACCGAGAGUUGGGUUCGGGGAGCACACAGACCCUCAGAUCUUGACAGUUCUUAGAUCCAACGAAGUAGGGGGGCUCCAGGUGGCGUUCCCUGACGGUAGGUGGGUCUCUGUCUCCCCUGACCCUUCAGCCUUUUGCGUAAACGUAGGUGACCUUUUGCAGGUAAUGACUAACGGGAGAUUCAUAAGCGUACGACACAGAGCGGUGACUACCGAACAUGCAAGCAGGCUAUCGACGGCGUACUUCGCCGGUCCGUCCGUCCAUGCAAAGAUAGGCCCUCUUCCGGCAAUCAUCACUGCGGCAGAUCAGCCACGGCUUUACCGGACGUUCACAUGGGCCGACUACAAGAAAUUUGCUUACUCGUUACGCCUUGGAGCUAACCGUCUUGACAUUUUCCGCUCAUGUGUCGAUGAUGAGCAUGAUGAUGAACUCGGGUCUAAUAAAAGACUAUAACUAGAGAAACCAUAACACAUAAUCAAUGAUGUCACAGCAAAAAAAAAUCAACCAA